AUGAGACCCGACGACAUCAACCCUCGGACUGGACUCGUGGUGGCCCUGGUCAGCGUCUUCCUGGUGUUCGGCUUCAUGUUCACGGUGUCGGGCAUCAAGGGCGAGACGCUGGGCGACAUCCCACUGCUGGCCAUCGGGCCGGCCAUCUGCCUGCCGGGCAUCGCCGCCAUCGCCCUGACCAGGAAAACCGACGGGUGCACCAAGUGGCCGGACUCCCGAGGCGGCCCGCCGUGCGCCGGCGGCGGCGGCUGCUGCUGCUGCCGCAAGAGGACCAAAGACAAGGACGUGCUGGAGUUGCUGCGGACCCCGUCGGACCUGGAGUCGGGGCGCGGCAGCUGCGACGAGCUGGCCAAGGGAGCCUGCGCCGCCGAGGGGGGCCGGGCGCGGGGCGGAAGGGGCGACGCCGCCGCGGCCGCCGGGGAGCGCAAGAGCCUGGUCGCCAAGGUGAACCAGGAGGAGAUGCUGCGCUACCUGGAGAACUGCUACCCGGAGAUGCCCGGGAACGUGUUCGUGGCCGAGGCCACGCCUUACAGUGCCUUAGACACGCAGCGGGAGCCCGCGGACUUGGAAGGGGCGGCCGCCGCGGACCCGGGCCCGUCUUCCCCGGGCCCGUCUUCCCCGGGCCCGGAGGACGCCUUCUCCGUGGCGCCCCGGGACAGCAUCAUCGUCUGCUCCUACAAGGAGAACAGCCCUUACGACAGGUACUGCUGUUACAUAAACCCCAGCGAAGAAAUCAGCUCGGAUCACGAGGCGAUCGUCUGA